AUGCCAGACGAUAUGUCUAUGAUUCCGUAUAAUGGGGGCAACCUCGAUGUUGUGUUCCGGCAUAAUGACUCAGUGGUCGUGUUCGACCAUGAUUCCCGGCAGCUUGCCCUACGAAACACCGCAGACGAGCAUAAUGGAGAGUUCGAGCUCGCAAACUGCCCUCUCUGUCACCGUCCAAUGCGCGACAGCAGCCGAGGAAGGCACCGUGGGAGCACAGACCCAGAAGCGGAAUUUAUCAAUCCCAACUACUUUCGCAUGCUCAACAACAGCUUGCCAAGCUCUACAGCCUCCUCUAGACCCCAAUCUCCACGUCGCCGCCUCGUACAGCCUGCCCUCCCUGGCGGUCCAACCAGCGAACCUGCUUCUGGGUCUGCCCCACCCCAAGGCCAAGGGAUAUCCUCGGCUGCUUUCAGUCCUGACUAUUUCAAACGAUUUUUUGUGGAGGAGAAGGUUCUUGGGAAAGGCGGGAAGGGAGUUGUUUUGCUUGUGAAACAUAUGCUGGAUGGAGUCUCUCUUGGACAUUUUGCCUGCAAGCGAGUGCCCGUGGGUGACGACCAUGAGUGGCUAGAGAAGGUGUUGGGCGAAGUACAGUUGUUGCAACACCUUUCCCAUCAGAAUCUUGUCUCCUAUCGUCACGUCUGGCUCGAAAAUGCCAGGAUCAGUACCUUCGGCCCUAGCGUACCAUGCGCAUUCAUCAUACAGCAAUAUUGCAAUGCGGGUGAUUUACACAACUACAUCUGUGGAUCUGUUCAAGCAUCAACUACUGCACAACAGCUCAAGGAGCGACUUCGGAGGAAGUCAAAGGGGGAACCAGACCUCCAAGCAAACAGUGGAGGGCCUCGCACACUACAGCUGGACGAGAUCUACUCUUUUUUCAGGGAUAUCACAGCCGGGUUGCGCCAUUUGCACGUGAAUGGCUACAUUCAUCGUGACCUGAAACCGAACAACUGUCUUCUUCAUGAGACAAGCGAUGGCAUUCGAGUACUGGUUAGUGACUUUGGAGAAGUGCAAUCGCAAAAUGCAAUGCGCAAGUCCACUGGCGCAACGGGAACAGUCUCUUACUGCGCACCCGAAGUUCUUCGACAAGAAUCCCCGGAUGGGCCAUUUGGGAACUUCACUUUCAAAUCCGACAUCUUCUCCUUGGGAAUGAUCCUAUACUUCUUGUGCUUCGCGGAACUUCCAUAUCGCAGUGCCGACAUCAUUAAUGAGGAUAACGAAGACCUAGAUCAACUUCGCGAAGAAAUUACACAUUGGACGGGGUUCGACAAUGCAAGAAGGAGAAGACCCGAUCUGCCUGCAAAGCUCUACUCAUUCCUGGAUAAAUUGCUCUCUGUGGAUCCGGAUCGGCGUCCCACGGCAGAUGAGGUGUUAAACGGCAUCCAAGCUGCGAAUAAUGCCAGUGAGAAUUUUCGGUUCAAGCGAGCCAACUCAGCCAGCCCCGAUUUGCCUGUGGCACCGCGGAUUCAUCCAGUCGAUAGCCCCGCACCAGAACAUUCCAUAGACAGGGCACUCUCGCCCGUCAAAAAAAAGAUCCCUCGAAACCCCCUGGCAAUCAGGCGGGAUUCAAAGUUCGAUUCAAGUUCCGGGUCCAGUACCAAUCCAGCAUCAGAGACGGUUCUGGACGGUCGGCCAUCUCUGAGCCCAGACAAGGACCUAGUCAUGCGGCAACGAUAUUCCACCUCGCCCCCUAUGUCUCCCACAGGACCACCGCCCCAGAAUGAAGAAUCUAUUAACUCGCCAGCCCAAGCCAAUCUUCGUCAGCAGCAACAACUCCUUCCACCACCGCCCAGCCGAUUUCCAUUUAUAAAUCACCUGAGCUCUUGGAGUAUCUCUCCAGGCCUGCAAGUCUCGCUGUUCCUGGUGAAGGUAGUCAGCGUCCUUCAUCCCUGCUCGCCUCUAGCCGUCCGCCCUUGGUUCCUUUAUCCUCUAAUUUUGCUGGCAGCCAUCACACUGGGAGUACAUGAUCUGCGUAUGCAGGCCCUAGCAACCAUCGUGCAUGUGAUUCUCGUUGGGCUGAGUAUGAAGCUGGGGAUUCUUUGUGCGUGGAAUGGAGAAUUCUCUAUGGGCGUGUGA